CACCCAGCGGCCCACGGCGGGCACCGCGGGCACCACGCCGGGGGCCACCUUCGCCACCUUCGGGACCUCGCCCACCACCCUGGGCACUACGGCAGGCACCACGGCUGGCACCACGGUCGGCACCACAGCUGGGACCACAGCGGGCACCACCGUACCCGCGGCCAGGCCCACCACCACGGAGGCGCCCCUGACCACGGAAAGCGCGAGCACGCUGGAGACCACGGAGGCGGCGAGCACGUUGACGACAGGGAGCACCUCCACCUCGAGCACUACCUCCAGCACGACCACCGGCACCAGCACCACCCCCGGCACCUCUGUAGCGAGCACUAGUCCAGGGAGCACGAGUCCGGGGAGCACGUCUAGUCCGGGACCCAGCGUCACCGACCAGCCGCCGCCGGGCCUGGACGUGGAGCAGCUCAACUCGCUCAACAUGUCGGACUACAGGAACGUGUGCGGGCGCAGGCUGUUCCCCGAGGCCAGGAUCGUCGGCGGGGAGAAGGCGACGUUCGGGAAGUGGCCCUGGCAGAUCUCGCUCCGCCAGUGGCGGACGUCCACCUUCCUGCACAAGUGCGGCGCCGCGCUGCUCAACGAGAACUGGGCCAUCACCGCGGCGCACUGCGUCGAUAACGUGCCGCCGACCCACCUGAUGCUGCGGCUGGGCGAGCACGACCUCUCCACGGAGGAGGAGCCGUACGGGUACCGGGAGCACCGCGUGCAGCUCAUCGCCAGCCACCCGCAGUUCGACUCGCGGACCUUCGAGUACGACCUGGCGAUGCUGCGCUUCUACGAGCCCGUCCAGUUCCAGCCCAACAUCCUGCCCAUCUGCGUGCCCCAGGACGACACGAGCUUCGUGGGGCGCACGGCGCACGUCACGGGCUGGGGCCGCAUCUACGAAGAGGGGCCGCUGCCGAGCGUGCUGCAGGAGGUGUCGGUGCCCGUCAUCAACAACUCGGUGUGCGAGACCAUGUACCACGCGGCCGGCUACAUCGAGCACAUCCCCAACAUCUUCAUCUGCGCGGGCUGGCGGAAGGGUGGCUUCGACUCGUGCGAGGGCGACAGCGGCGGGCCCAUGGUGAUCCAGCGGCCGGACGACAAGCGGUGGGUGCUGGCGGGCGUCAUCUCGUGGGGCAUCGGCUGCGCGGAGCCCAACCAGCCCGGCGUCUACACGCGCAUCUCAGAGUUCAGAGACUGGAUCAACCAAAUCAUGCAGUUCUAGGACUGGAAGCCCCCACCCCCCGACGGACCCAAACCCUCAUUUCCGAGGUAGGGUUGUUCCGGACUGCCGUUCUCCGCGACGAAAGAACAACACACCUCAAGACGGAAAUAAAGAGAACGAAACGAACGAAACAGAAGACUGAAGAGCGGUGCGGCGUACCAUACUACCCUCUGCGCAAGAACACGAAUUUUCUGACAACUUUGUAAAAUUUUCCGCUAGCGGGGUAUUUUAACGACGAUUGUGGUACGACCUCAAGCCGAACGGCAGCCGACCAAACCAACAUCGAGGAGAAAACUGCCAUAUCUAGAGUCAUCUAGAGAAACUAUAUUAUUUCUAGAGUGUUAUCUAGAGCGAUCUAGAGGAUUUAUUUCUGGAAUGCGAGUGCAGAGAAAGAGAGAAAGAGAGAUGGGCGAGGAACUUCUUAUUGGCUCGCUGUAGUGGCGUGCCGAAACACUCCGUGACUCGACGACGAGUGAUUGUGAUAUGCUAAGUGCAAUGACUCCUUUAUUUAGUGAAAUGACCCGUAGGAUUACUGUAGUGCUGUUGCCAGCAACGCCCAACUUCCUUCCGUACCCUCCCGGUGUCGCAACGUGGCCUCUGUCAUGGCCUUCCUUAAGACUCGGAUAAAGAUGACCAACUGGAUUCAACUGUGGUUGUUUUUUGUUGUUUUGCUAUGCUUUAAUGUGUUUUUUGGUCUCGUAGAUGUCUAAUUAUUUAUUGUUGAAAACGAAGAAAUUGUUUUUGUCUCACCGUACCGUUAUUUGCGAGAUUUUUUUUUGUUUUGUUUUUUGAAAUUAUUUAUUUUUUUGACAUGCUUGGGAUCGCUUUACACCCCAACGCUUUGUGUGUCCAUUUUCUUUUAGUGCUCCGGGAAGAGUGUCGCUCUCUCUCUGUUUUCUCGGUUGGAAUGUCACAAAAGAAAACGUAUGCAUUGAGCGUGGCCACGGUGUGGAGUGGGACAGGCACACGACCGUUGCAAGAAGUGAUAUUUGCAUAUCAAAGCAUUUAUAGACUUAUCUGUUGAUUAAUUUAUUCUUAGAGCGUGUUAUUUUAAUAUUUUUAAAAUUAGACCUGUAAAUAGAAACGAAUGAUGCGAUGAAAUAAUGUAAAUUUUAUUACGUAAGUGACAACGAUGUGUGAGAGUUUUUUUUUUGUUCCGAGGGCACUGUGAGCGUGUGAAUGGUUAUGUAAUUUAUUAAAUGAAUAAAAAUGCAAAAACAGGA